AUGGCGGUUGGAACAAGGCUAACACCUUCAUUAGACACACCUGUUGUUAAUCUUACUUUAUACAGGAGUAUGAUAGGUUCAUUGCUUUAUCUUACAGCAAGUCAACCAGAUAUCAUGUUUUCUGGAAAAAUUUCGUUUGGAUUGUGGUAUGCUUCGAAAUUAGGAUUUUUCAUUCAAGCGUUUUCGGAUGAAGAUCUGGGUGGAUGUACACUUGAUCGAAAAAGUACAAGUGGAGGAUGUCAAUUGUUAGAUGGGAAGCUUGUAAGUUGGCAAUCGAAAAAGCAAACUUGUUUUGCAAUUUCCACUGCUGAAGCUGAGUAUGUUGCAGUUGACAGUUAUACUUUGCAAAUCAUAUGGAUCCAUAAUCAAUUGCGUGACUAUGCAAUUAAUAUGAAAAAAUAUUCCAUUGUAUUGUGA